GGUGCACCAGCCGUGAUGCAGCAGCCACGAGUGGAGACGGAUAUCAUCGGGGCUGGCGAGGGGCCCCAGCGGGCAGUGCCCUGGUCAGCCUGGGUCACCCGUCAGGACUGGGUGCGAUGGUGGGCAUGCCACAUGCCCCGGAGCUGGUCCCAGUGGUGGAAUACAUCAGGCUGGCGGCAACCUCUACAGCGUAUGCUAUGGGGUCUGGAGGGGACACUCUACCUGCUGCUCGCACUGAUGCUAUGCCAUGCACUCUUCACCACUGGCUCCCACCUGCUGAGCUCCCUGUGGCCUGUGGUGGCUGUGGUAUGGAGCCACCUGCUGCCAGCUAUCCUGCUGCUGGUACUCAGUGCCAUGCCUGCUCUGCUCUUCGCUGCCUCCUUCCUGCUGCUCUUCUCCACACUGCUGAGCCUCGUGGGCCUCCUUACCUCCAUGACUCACCCAGGCUAUGCCCAGGACUUGGACUAA